CAGAUCCUCUAGCCAAUCAGAGUGCGGGCUUUGUGUGAACGAAGAUUGAGCUUCACAGAUUAAAACUUCCUUCUGUGUCCAAUAUCUGACAGCCUGUGGGAAACUGAUGCCAGAGUCUCCAGGAUGAGUUAGAGUGAUUCGAGUGGGACGGCAAGUGAGUGAGUCGGCCAGCAGAUGGAUGAUGAUGUGACUGAACAAGAAACGUUCAGAAUAUUAGAAGGGGAGGAUUUGCUGACAGAAAUCUCAAACCAAACAUCACGUCAAGAUCUGACAGACUCACUCGACUCAUUGGGACCUGAAUAUGAUCAGCCUUUGAAUCUAGAAGGAGAAAUGUUUGUCCGCUCUGUUUUCUUCAAAAGGUUUUAAACAUCAGCGUGACUGCAAAAGCAUGAGACACACACACCUGAUUGAGGGUGUUCCAGUGCACUGACUAUGGAAAAAGCUUUAACCAGUUUCAGAGCUUGAGAAAAACAUCACCAUUCGCAGUGGCGAGAGACCAUACACAUGUUCUGUGUGAGUACGAGGCGUCGGCUGAUUGUAGAACCUGGAGAGACACAGGGACAUGCACCCCAUGGAGAACCCGUGGAAAUGUGGGGACUGUGGGAAGGGUUUCAGAUCCCCAUCUGCGUUGGAAACUCAUUGGCGCAGUCACACUGGGGAGAGGCCAUUCACCUGUUCUGAGUGUGGGAAGGGAUUCACUCAGUCAUCUCACCUGCAGACACACCAGCGAGUUCACACUGGGGAGACACCGUUCACUUGCCCUGAGUGUGGGAAGGGAUUUAGUCAGUUAUCCAGCCUGCAAUCACACCAGCGAGCUCACACUGGGGAGAGACCGUUCACCUGUUCUGAAUGUGGGAAGAGAUUCACUAAUUCAUCCCACUUACAGAGACACCAGCGAGUUCACACUGGGGAGAGGCCAUUCACCUGCUCGGAGUGUGGGAAAGGGUUUAGUGAUUCAUCCCCCCUGCUGAUGCACAAGCGCGUUCACAGUGGGGAGAGGCCGUUCACCUGCUCUGAGUGUGGGAAGGGAUUCACUCGGUCAUUCUACCUGCUGUCACACCAGCGAGUUCACACCGGGGACUGGCUCGUCUGUUCUGAAUGUGGGAAGAGAUUCACUCGGUCUUGCGACCUGUUGGCACACCAGCGGGUUCACACUGGGGAGAGGCCGUUCACCUGUUACGUGUGUGGGAAGGGAUUCCCUCGGUCAUCCACCCUGCAGACACACCAGCGAAUUCACACCGGGGAGAGGCCGUUCAUCUGUUCCGAGUGUGGGAAGAGAUUCACCCGCUCAUCCGACCUGCAGAAACACCAGCAAGUACACACCGGGGAGAGGCCGUUCACCUGCUCUGAGUGUGGGAAGGGAUUCACUCGGUCAUCUCACCUGCUGGUACACCAACGAGUUCACACUGGGGAGAAGCCAUUUAUCUGUUCUGAAUGUGGGAAGGGAUUCAGUAAUUUAUCCGAUCUGCAUAAACACAAGCGCGUUCACACUGGGGAAAGGCCGUUCAGCUGCUGUGAAUGUGGGAAGGGAAUUAUUGAUUCAUCCAACCUGCUGCGACACCAGCGAGUUCACACCGGGGAGAGACGGUUCACCUGCUCUGAGUGUGGGAAGGCAUUCAGUAAUUCAUCCGACCUGCAUAAACACCAGCGAGUUCAUAACGGGGAGAGGCUGUUCACCUGCUCCGAGUGUGGGAAGGGAUUCAGUCGGUUAUCCAGUCUGCAGAUACACCGGCGAAUUCACACUGGGGAGAGGCCGUUCACCUGCUCCGAGUGUGGGAAGAGAUUCAGUCAUUCAUCCAACCUGCAGAAACACAAGCGAGUUCACACUGGGGAGAGGCCGUUCACCUGUUCUGAGUGUGGGAAGGGAUUCAGUCGGUUAUCCAGUCUGCGGAUACACCGGCGAAUUCACACUGGGGACAGGCCGUUCACCUGUUCUGAGCGUGGGAAAGGAGUUAGUAACUCAUCCGACCUGCAGAAACACAAACGUAUUCACACUGGGGAGAGGCCGUUCACCUGCUCUCAAUGUGAGAAGGGAUUCAGUAAUUCAUCCGACCUGUAUAAACACAAGCCAGUUCACACUGGGGAGAGGCCGUUCACCUGCUCUGAGUGUGGGAAAGGAUUCAGUAAUUCAUCUGACCUGCAUAAACACCAGCAACUUCACACUGCCGUAAGGUCGUUCACCUGCUCUGAGUGUCGGAAAGGAUUCACUCAGUCAUCCCACCUGUCGAGGCACCAGUGAGUUCACAAUGAGAUUACAGGAGUUGGAUUCUGCUGUUAUUGCUGCUGUUAAUCGCAUCCAUGACUGAACCAUGUUCAUUCUGACACUUGGUGAAGUGGGAGGGUCAGAGGGUUUAUUUCAGCAGGCCUGGCCGGUCUCAUGACUUUGCUUCCAGCGGGCUGAUGCUCUUUGAGCCUGGGAGUGCACAUUUCCACUGAAAUGAUCCACAAAAGCUGAUGAAGGACUUUUAUUUUAUCCUGGAUAGUAAAUAGUGAUUGCUCCUACCACUACAGGUAGAUCUAAAAUAAAUACAGAAAGUGUUGGAAAAACUCAGCAGGUCUGGCAGCAUCUUUGAUGAGAGAAACAGAGUUAACGAUUCAAGUCCAAUAUGACUCUUUCUCAGAACUUCAGAGAUGGAGAAAUGUGAUGGGUUUGAUGCUGUUGAGAAAGGGGGAGGGUCUGGUAGAACAAAAGGGAAAGUCAGGGAUUGGUUAGAGGGCAGGCGAGAUUAAAUAACAAAAAUAUCAUGGAACAAAAGACAAAGGGAGUGAUGAUGGUUGUAGUAAAGAAACGAAGCAUUGGCCCAGAGUAAGUGUUAGUGGCAGAAUAAAGGACCACUCUGCCUGAAAGCAAAAACUUGAAAACAAGAUGCAGACUGGCACUUGGCCAAAAAAUAACAAAACAGAGGACAGAGUUGACAGUCUGAAAUUGUUGAACUCAAUGUUGAGUCCAGAAGGCUGUAAAGUGCCUCAUCGGAGGAUGAGGUGCUUUUCGUCCAGCUUGUGUUGGGCUUCUCAGGAACACUGCAGCAGGCCAAGGACAGAAAUAUGAGCAUGAUAGCAAGGUGGUGAAUUAUAAUGGCAGCUACUGGAAGGUCAGGGUCAUGCUUAUGGACUGAGAGGAGGUGUUCCACAAAGAGGGCAGUGAACAGGGGACAGAUGAAUUAAAGAGAAACCAUUUGGGUUCAGAACAUUGUGCACAUCCUUUUACAUACUUUUACUCUGAUCCUCAAGUCAUUUUCUGUUUGUCUUUUAACCAUGUUCUGUUUCAUUACAAACUUUUAUCAGUAAAAAUAUUUGAUUUUUCUGGAUUAUUCAUGAUUAAAAAUUUCUGCACUUUAGGGAAAGUGGGUGAGAGGGGUUGGUAGGCUCUUUAACAGAAAGUGAGUCAAUAGUAUCUUUCAAAUGAGUAGAUACUUGAAGGGGAAGAAUUUGCAGGGUUGUGGGGAAAGAGCAGAGCAGUUGGAUGAAUCAGAGAGUCCUUUCAAAGAGAUGGCAGUGCACGAUGGGCAAAUGGACUCCUGCAGCCUAUGAAUCUGAGCUUCCUGCUUUUGUGCAGGUUAAAAGGAACAGAUUUCAUUUCAGCCUCUUCCCUGUAUCUGUAUUUAAAGAGACGGGUUUCUGUUCAGCUCUGAGUGACCGAUAUAACGAUGUCUCCAGUCCUCUGUAUAUUUAAACAUCGAACAAAGCCUUGCAUGGCCGAUUAUAGUCAACAGCCUUCCUGUUGUUCUCUCUGGAUGCAGCAAUGGUCCCAUUGUUCUGCUGCAUGGAACAUUGUACGAAAAUGGUUAAAUCCAAUAAAAUUAACCCAGU